GUUUCACCUUCGUCUUCUCCUCCUCGAUAGUAACCGUCGGCCAUGGUUGACUUGAACUAGAAGCUGACGAGUUGAUGGCGGAAUCUUGGCUAGUGAAUGGGUUUUGAUUGCUCUAUGCGUUGGAGGAAACAGAAAAGGAUCUCUGCAGUCACUGACCACCCGGCGAUCAGAAGGUCGGAGAAGGAAGAGAUGGCGUCCAACUACGUCGACACCACCGGCGACGAGGGCAGGUUCCACGGCCACGGCCACCACAACCACAGCGCCACCACCACGCCGACGGGCGCCGCGGCGUCGUCGCCGAGGACGAUGCGCCGCAGCUUCUCCUCCGCGUCCUCCGGCAGCCACGGCGGCGGCGGCGGCCACGCGCCCAAGUGCGUGUGCGCGCCGGCGACGCACGCCGGGUCGUUCAAGUGCCGCCUCCACCGCACCAACUCCCAGGGCCACGGCCACCCGCACACCUCCCCUCCGUCCUCCCCCGCCGGCGCCGCCGCGCCCCAGCCGUCCUCUGCCUCCUCCCGCACCGUCGAGGCCCAGUGAGCCCCACCAUCAUCGACAGACCAAGAAAAGCAUAAAACCAACCGGACUGGACAAUCUGGAAGAGUGAGAGUGAGAGAGAGAGAGAGAGAGAGAGAGAGAGAGAGAGAGAGAGAGAGAGCAUCGUGUCAUAUCAUCAGAAGGGAGUUUAUUUUGAUUUCCCUCGUCGUGAUCUCCAUGUUCUUGGAAAAAUUUUCACCUUUUCUUCUUCUUCUUCUUCUUCUUCUUCUUCUUCUUCUUCUUCCUUUUUGGCUGUGUGGGAUCUCCACACAUGAUGAACAAGCUCCUCCAAUCCUCUGCUCUAAUCUACCUACUUCUGCUCCUCUCUCUAUCUAUCUAUUGGAUGGAUGAUAAGCUGGAUAAAUGGUUAGAAAGAAAGGGAUUCCAGUUCUAGUAACUGCUGGUCUAUUUACCCUUCUGCUCCAUGUAAUUACUAGUAGUACCCACCAUUUUUACCAUCCUAUUGAUAGUCCUCCAUGGUUGAUGAUAUCUUGUCUGAAUUCUAGUGAUGUUCUUGAAAGUAA